CCAGUCUAGCAAAGAGGUAUGCAUGUUCUGGUGAGAUUUAUGUAUUCGACAUCUUUAAACGAUUACACUUUCAAACCCCCCAUAUAACUAUAAAAGUAUUUAUAGGUCGUACAAAUGUUGGCGUAUGUUUCCCAUAUGUUAGCACCAAUUUCGUUGAUGAAUAAGUGGUGUACAUUACUGCACUUAUUAGAUGACACUCCAAGUCCAAAAUAGUGUGUCGGGUGAACUUCGCCAUCAAGUAUUAAUCAGCGCUUUAGUAGGAAGUCCAUGCUCCCAAAUGUCAUGCGCAGUACGUAUUCUGCUGCACCUGCAAUGAAACAUAGGAUGUGGAUUUGGGAGAAUGUUGGUGAAGCUGUAUCCAGACGAUGCAGCUAAGCCGAAGCAAACGAAGAUAAGGCUGGCGAAGAUCGAAUUUGGACUUCGAUUACAGCGGCAAAGGUUCACUAAGGCAGUAGUAGCUGAUUUGAGCUUGGAGGUUGUUUCUACUGUGCGUGUCCUCUUCUGUCCAUCACCAUGUCAGCACAGCGGUCAGUCAGGCUGCGUGUCUUUUCCCUCAACUGCUGGGGAAUCCGCUACCUCAGUCGCAGCUGUGCUCAGCGCUAUGAGAUGAUUGCAGAGCUGCUGGACAGGGAGCAGCAUGACAUUGCACUGUUACAGGAGGUGUGGAGUGAGAAAGACUACCUCUUCUUAAAAAGGACACUGGCUACCUCUCAUCCUUUCACCCACUACUUUAGAAGUGGGGUCAUUGGUAGUGGACUGGCAGUGUUUUCUAAGCACAGGAUUCAAGAUGCCCUGCUCUACCGAUAUUCCCUCAAUGGUUAUCCAUAUAUGAUCCACCAUGGGGACUGGUUUGGAGGCAAAGCAGUGGGCCUGGUUAUCUUGAGUGUCUGCGGAAUGAGAGCUAAUGUCUAUGUCACACAUUUGCAUGCUGAGUACUGUAGGGCAGAAGACACCUACCUUCCCCAUAGAACAGUACAGGCUUGGGAGCUUAUCAACUUUAUCCGUCACACCUCUGCUGAUGCUGACCUGGUGAUUUUGGGGGGAGACCUGAACAUGCACCCCCAGGACCUGGGCACCCGUCUUCUCAGGGCUCACACUGGACUCAGGGACAGCUACGCUGAGACAGACACCUUUGAUGGUUGUGAAGAUGGCAUUACACUUAUCGCUGAUAACCCCUUCACAAAAAAGAAAGAUCUGCUUCCUUUUGAGAAAGGGAUCCGAAUCGACUACAUUCUAAUAAAGGGCUCUAAUAGUGUGUGUGUAAAAUGUGAGUCCAUGUCUACCACCAAGGGCGCUGUCCCAGACAAGCCUUUCCCCUACUCCGAUCAUGAGUCCCUCACCUCCCAGCUCCUCCUCCUCCAGCAGUCUGACAGGAUGGAUGGAGUCGGGGAGAGGCACACUGACACAGGCACCCCUCUGCGUGAGCUGGUGGACGUGGUGAGCGAGGCUCGCUGUGUGGUCAAGGAGGGCUUCCGUCAGACGGAGCGACUGCAGCUGAUGGCUAUGUGCCUGCUGGCCGUGGGCCUGGCCUUCCUGCUGCUCCCCGUCACCACCCUGCCCUGGCUCUACCCCCACAGCCACUGCGUGGUCUCCUACUCCUUCCUGGGUCUGCUGGGGGCACUGGGCCUGGCCAUGGUGCUGAGCGGCGCCCUGCUCUACGUCCUCUUCACCACCCAGCUGAAGGCCCUGCGCGGGACCGAGGCCAGCAUGAAGCUGGCCACCGCCAACCUUCAGGAGAGGGAAGGAGGGUGCCUGGAGGAAGGGGAGGAGGACGAGGGGGGGAGAGUGCCGUCGUCACCGCCGCACACAGCACGUGGAGAGGCCAGAUCCCAGCCGACUCCACUAGGCUAUGAGGACUAAACAAACCCCGGCUCUCUGUUGUUCUCCUAUAGAUCCAAGUGGAAUGGUUUUAAGCCCUGAAAUGGAGAAGCUUUCACCUUAACAUUUGGGUGAUGAAAAUGAAGAGGGACAGAUCGAGGGUGGCUCUAUGCACUCCAGUAACUUCACGGAAUGUAUCCUCUCUCUCAACCCUUGCUUGUGCAAAUAACUCCCUUUGACUCUACAUAGAUCUGUAAUUAACUGAAAGAUGGUGCCUAACACUCUUAUCUCACAAGUGUAUAACUAAACCAGUGUUAAAUUCUUUAGAUAGACUGUAGUGUCAGAUGAAUAGUAAUAACAUUUACAUUGCAACUAUAAUGAGAGUGCUUUUUUAACCAUUACCCAUCAUUUUUGUAGAAAAUAAAAAAUAUGUAUUAAACAAUUCUCAAAAAUAAAACCUGUCAAAUUCA